AUAUUGAGAAAAUCGAGGAGGACUCAUAUUUAAGAGUCUGUAGGAACUUUAGUGAACUUGAAGCAUCCCAAAAAGAGGCUAAUGUAACCUAUAAUAUGACAGUUAUAAGCUCUCACCCUCGACUUGCUGUGCCAAUGACACAAAUUCCAGAAAAACCUAAGAAACGACUUAAGAAAGGACAAAUAAAAGAAAAACUUCCACCUCCAGUUAUAUCAUUCAACAUAUACACAGCCAAUCAGAACUGUUUCUUCAUUAAAGGUCUUCAUGUGGGAAGGGCCCGCAUGAUGGUACAUAUCCGUAAAAUUACACCCCCUGAGCGAGACCCAAACUCGGGGGAAAAGGACAUUAUCCUAUCUUAUGAAUACAAAGUAUUGAUCAUAAGGAAAAGACGUUGGGUGGAUAUGAUAUUUGAUUGUGUUAUGGCGCUGGUUGCGAUACUAACAGCAUUUAGCCUGGGCCUGUCAACUGAACAGGAGGUGUUGAAGAUGCAGUGUAAGAAGCCAGCACCAAUCAUCAUAGCAUUUGUCAGUCAGUUUCUCAUUAUGCCACUGCUCUCUCUUGGCAUCUCUAAAAUGACUGGUCUCAACGAUGACCUCGGCCUCAGCCUCCUCUAUGUUGCCUGUACACCAGGGGGUGGUAUGGGAUUUGUGCUUGUUAGCGUUAUGCGGGGAGACAUUCCCGUCAGUGUAACUCUCAACUUCUUCACUAUCAUCUUUACAUUAGGUACAGCUCCAUUGUGGAUAUUUGUGUUAGGCCGAUUCUUCCACUCAGCCCCAGACAGUGACUUUCUAGUUGCCCUGUAUAACAUAGAGUUAUGGCUGGCAGCUAUCGUUAUCUCAUAUUUCAUAGGAAUGGCGAUCAGGCGGUGUCGCCCUGGAGUUGCUGAUGCUAUCCUCAACUGGCUUAUCAAGCCAUUGUUGCUGUUAUUCUGUAUACUGUUCUUCACACUAGGGAUUUACAUCAACAUGUACAUGUUUGAGUUUGUCAGGACUGAGGUAUUAGUGGCCGCCGCAUUGUUACCAUUCUGUGGAUACUUGGUUAGUGGGGUAUUAUCUCUGAUAUCAAAACAGCCAGGGGUAUACUGUAAAACUAUCGGCACAGAGAUGACUGUGUUCAAUUGUAUGCUCGUUCUUGUCAUCAUUCGAUUCUCAUUUGAACAGCCUGAUGCCGAUAUAGCCGCUGCAAUGCCAAUUUGGGUGAUGUUCCUCACGCCCACACCAUUUCUUUUUGUAUUCCUAUUGACAAUUCUCCACAAAUGCAUCGGGAAGAAAUGCGAAAAAAGACGGGAGAAAAAAUAUCGUCAUUUUAGUAUCAUGUCUAGCUUAGUAAAUAUCACACAAGUUUCAACCAUCUCAAGUCCCAAGCAACAUGAAGGAGAGACUGAGCAUAUAGACUCAGAUGAUAUGGAUAAACUUGAGAAUCUAAUGGAUGGAAAAAGAAAUUGUAGGAAUAGCCGUGACAGAACAACAACUUUAUAGCAUACAAAAAGAACUAUGAUAGAAAUGAGAAGUUAAAAAGGCCAAAUGUAGUUACAUCACAAGUAACUCUUAUAUACUUGGAGCAUAUUGCUUCUAAAAUGGAUUCAAAAUAGGAUGAAGAAAUACAGUUAUAUACAUAAAGAUAUUGCACAUAUAUACAAUUGGAUAAGUCUUAUUAAUAUAACCAGCAUAUAAGGAUAUAUCAACCAAGGUGUCUGUGCACAGCCAUCUUUAUAAAUCAUCUCAGUGUUAUAUAACCAGCGGAUGUCAGCACAUUAUUAAAUUCAUUUAAUAUUACAUGUGUAUAUUAUAAUAUAUAAAUGGAUAUAUAAAAUACAGUUUCAAGAUAUGAGCUUUAGGUAUUCGCAAACUUCUGAGAAGCUGAUGCUACAGAUACAGUAUUAAUUCUGUAAUUUGGUAAAAUUACAUAUGAAUUUGACUACGAAAUUGGACACUUUACAAUACAGUCCCAUAUGGCUAUAUGGUAGAUCAGUCUUUUUGCCUAUGAACAUUCUAAAUAUCCUCCAAAACAGCUUGAAAAAAUAACUCUUGCAUACAUUUUUUAUUAAUUUAUUGAAUAAUUUUUACAUUUUGUAAUUGUGACAAGGUGUGCCAAAAUUGUUGUACACCUCAGUCCAAGUGUGA